AGGUUCGGACAACAUGGCGGGUCGGGACCGAAUUGUUCACCUGCUCAGACAGCUGGAGCGCGCAGCAAUCUUUAAGUGGGCCCUGAGCUCCGGUUUCCAGCGGACCUACUGAGCAUGCUCCCUGUGUCAACAGGUGCAGAUGUCCCGCCCACUUCAACAUGUUCCAUCAAGGAAUCGGAGCGGCCGGCUGCACCAGCAGGAAGACGGAUUAUGCCUUCGAGAUCUCCAGUUCCAACAUCCGAUAUGGACCUGGAGUGAGCAGAGAAAUUGGCAUGGACCUUCAGAACCUCAGAGCCAAGAACGUCUGCCUGAUGACGGACCAGAACCUCUCUCAACUCCCUCCGAUGAAGGCAGUGCUUGAGUCUCUGGUGAAGAACGGAGUUAGGUUCAAGGUCUUUGACAACAUCCGGGUAGAGCCAACGGACUCUAGUUUUAAGGACGCCAUCGCGUUUGCUAAAAAGAACUCGUUCGAUGCGUUUGUGGCUGUGGGUGGCGGCUCGGUCAUCGACACUUGUAAAGCAGCCAAUCUGUACUCUUGUCAUCCUGAAGCUGACUUCCUGGACUUCGUCAAUGCUCCGAUCGGAAAAGGGAGACCAGUGACCAAAGCUCUUAAGCCUCUUAUUGCAGUACCAACAACUGCAGGCACUGGAAGCGAGACCACCGGAGUGGCAAUUUUCGACUACCAGCCUCUUAAGGCUAAAACGGGUAUUGCUAGCAGGGCCAUCAGACCCAUGCUAGGUAUCGUGGACCCCUUGCACACCCUGAGCAUGCCUGAACGAGUCACUGCGAACAGUGGCUUCGAUGUCCUGUGUCAUGCUCUGGAGUCUUACACUGCCUUGCCCUACAACCAGAGGGCGCCCUGUCCCACCAACCCCAUCAACCGCCCCGCCUACCAGGGCAGCAACCCCAUCAGUGACGUCUGGUCCCGCCACGCUCUCAACAUGGUCGCCAAGUACAUGAAGCGGGCUGUUUGGGACCCGGAGGACCUGGAGGCCCGCUCCAGCAUGCACUUGGCCAGUGUGUUUGCUGGGAUCGGCUUUGGGAACGCUGGAGUUCAUCUCUGUCAUGGGAUGUCAUAUCCAAUCGCAGGAAACGUGAAAACUCACACAGCAAGGGGCUACAGUGUGGGGCACCCCCUGGUGCCUCACGGACUCUCAGUCGUCCUCACGUCUCCGGCGGUCUUCAGCUUCACUGCACCGAUGUGCCCAGAGCGCCACCUGGAGGCUGCAGAGAUCCUGGGUGCAGAGGUGCGGCAGGCGAAGCGUGAGGAUGCUGGUGCCCUUCUAGCUGACACUCUGCGUCAGUUCCUGUUCGACCUGCAUGUUGAGGACGGACUCGCUGCUGUUGGAUACAACAAAGAUGACAUUCCAGCUCUGGUGAAGGGAACCCUCCCUCAGGAGCGUGUCACCAAACUGUCUCCGCGGUCGCACACCGAGGAGGACUUGAGCCAGCUGUAUGAAUCCUCCAUGAAGCUUUACUGAUCUGUUCUCAGACCGGCUGCAGUUCCCCCUGCAGCCACCAGGGGGUGGUGCAGGUCCACAGUCUGUGUGAUCUCAGUGGCUCAAAUUUAUGACUUCAUCAGUUAAUUAGUGUUUGAUCUCUAAUGGGUUGUCUUAAAGGUUCAGAGUGAUAAAUUCAUGGAAAACUGACCCGAGGAGGGUCUGAAGGAGUCGUGUUAUGAAUUAUUGGACUUUCAUCUGAUUGAAUCUGUUUUGAUGGAGGCAGUUUUCACAGAAAUAAAACAAUCUGUUAAAACUGAA